AUGGCCAAUGAAAAUAAUGUCACUGAGUUAAUUUUCACCGGCCUUUUCCAGGAUCCAGAGGUACAGAAGGUGUGCUUUCUACUGUUCCUUCCCGUAUACCUGGCCACAGUGCUGGGCAAUGGCCUCAUUGUUGUGACAGUCAACAUCACUAAGAGUCUGCGUUCUCCUAUGUACUUUUUCCUCAGCUCCUUGUCCCUGGUGGAGAUCUGCUACUCCUCUACCAUUGUCCCUAAAUUCAUCACUGACUUACUUGUAAAGAUUAAAACCAUCUCUCUGAAGGGCUGCCUGGCUCAGAUAUUUUUCUCCCAUUUCCUUGGAGUUGUUGAAAUCAUUCUGCUUGUGGUGAUGGCCUAUGAUCGCUAUGUGGCCAUCUGCAAACCUCUCCAUUAUAUGAACAUCAUGAGUCAUCAAGUGUGUCACAUGCAAGUAGCUGGCUCCUGGCUGGGGGGCCUCAUUCACUCCACCAUCCAGAUCCUCAUCACCAUUCCAUUGCCCUUCUGUGGUCCCAAUGUAAUUGACCACUACUUCUGUGACCUCCAGCCAUUAUUUAAACUUGCCUGCACUGACACAUUCAUGGAGGGGGUUAUCGUGAUGGCCAACAGUGGUUUAAUCUCUAUUAUCUCUCUCCUUAUUUUGGUGUCCUCCUAUAUCACCAUCCUUGUGAACUUGCGGAACCAUUCUGCAGAGGGGAGGCACAAGGCCCUCUCCACCUGUGCCUCCCAC